CUCGCGUGCACGAUGCCCGAAUCGCCCGGCGCGUUCCAGAAGUUCUACGGUUUGAUCUACCCCUGCAACGUCACGGAGUUCUCCUACCGCUACCACCGCGCCGACGCGCCGGCGGACGUCAUCGUCGCGUUCCAGCCGCAGACGGACCAAUUCAUGGACCGCCUCGCGGCGCACGGCUACGCGCCGCGCGACAUCACGGACGACGAGCUCGUCAACACGCACCUGCGCCACCUGAACGGCGGGCGCUCCGAGUUCGUCGGCGACGAGCGCAUCUUCCGCUUCGAGUUCCCCGAGGCGCCGGGCGCGCUCAAGAACUUCCUCGCGCACUUUGAGACGGACGCGUUCAACUGCAGCCUCUUCCACUACCGCAACUACGGCCACGACUUCGGCCGCGUGCUCGUCGGCGUCCAGGCGACGACGGACCGGGCGGAGCGCAAGCUCAACGACUUCCUCGAGAAGCUCGGCUACCGCUACACCGAGGAGACGCACAACCCGACCUACGUCCAGUUCCUCACGAGCCAGCGCUGCCUGAAACGGUAG